UUUUAUUCAAUUGCGUUUUUAUUCGCAUUGACUACGAAUAUUUAACCGUAUUUGAAACUGAUUUCAAAUCCGUCCUUAAAUAACAAUUGUGUUUUAUGCAAUUAAUUCUAAACGUUUCCAUAUUUACCUCAUAUUUAUUUUAUGAUUACUAUUUAUUGUUUCGUUUUGCUCCAGACCUAUAGAUGGCAGUAAAGUGUCACGAGCGGCGGACUUAUGUUUUGAUUACGGUGGCGGCACGUUUUGCUGUUGAUAAUCAAAAGUAGUAUUUUAUUUUGCUUGGACGUGUCAUAUCCACGCAUCUGUUUCUUGUAUCAAAGAUGGACACGGACGAAGAGGGAGACAAUGACUGGCAUCGCAGUUUAGAGUCAGACAUGCUGGACACAGAAGGAUGCUCCACUGAAAGGCUUGCAUCCGUGUCCCAGAGAGUGAUCCUGCACUUUGACCUGGACUGCUUCUAUGCACAAGUCGAGAUGAUCCGAAACCCAGCACUCCGGGCCAAACCUCUUGGAAUACAGCAGAAGUACAUUAUUGUGACGUGCAAUUAUGUGGCAAGAGAGCAUGGCGUAAAUAAACUGAUGUCAGUGACUGAUGCGGUGGAGAAGUGCCCUCAGCUGGUGCUAGUGAAAGGAGAAGAUCUCACGCAUUACAGAGAGAUGUCCUACAAAGUCACGGAAUUGCUGAUGUCCCACUGUCCUCUAGUGGAGAGGCUGGGCUUUGACGAAAACUUCAUGGACGUUACAGAAAUGGUGGAGAGAAGACUUAAGCAAACCAGCAUUUCAGAUCUCUCCUUCAUUGGACACAUAUACAAACAUGAACCUCUGGCGGUCGAUGAGGAGAACGCCCGGCUUGCUGUAGGAUCCGUGAUAGCAUCUGAGAUGAGGCAGGCCAUCUUCAGGACGCUGGGACUGACCGGCUGUGCUGGCGUCGCUGACAACAAGCUCCUAGCCAAACUGGCGUCUGGAACGUUUAAGCCAAACCAGCAGACCACCCUCCUGCCGCGCAGCACCGCCGAGCUCAUGAGCAGCCUCGCGGGACUCAUCAAAGUGCCUGGGAUCGGUUACAAGACGCGGGAGAAGCUAAAGGCUCUGGGUCUGGUCGGUGUGAGAGAUCUACAGUUAUGUCCUCUGCCUGACCUGGCGAAGGAGUUCGGCGAAGUGGCUGCUAAAAGGAUUCAAAACCUGGCCUGGGGCAUCGAUGACUCUCCAGUCACGCCGGCCGGUCCUCCUCAGUCUCUCAGCGAUGAGGACUCAUUCAAGAAGAUUUCCACUCUAGAGGAAGUUCAAAAGAAAACCGAAGAACUGCUUACCAACCUAACUGAGAGGAUGCGCAAAGAUGGCAGGCAGCCGCAUACGUUCAGACUGACGAUUCGCCGAUAUACCGUCACCAACCGCUGGUUCAACCGAGAGAGCCGGCAGUGUCCUAUACCCAGCCACACCGGGCUCAAGAUCGCAUGCGGAAGCAGUGAGGCUGUGCCCCAGUUACUGUCUCUGUCGGAGAAGCUCUUCCAUAAAAUGGUGGACACGCGCGAGCCGUUCCAUCUGACCCUGCUGAACGUGUGUUUUAGUAACCUGCAGGCUAAAAGCUCCAGCAGAGGCUCCAUCGCCUCUUUCUUUCAGAAAUCUCCUACAACGCAAACGACAUGUCAGCGGCAGGUGGAUCCUGAUGACUUUGAGCCUGCUGCAAAUUCCCAGGUCACUCGAGCGGAUGUUUUACGUAAAGGUGAUAAAACAUGGAAACACACGUCAACCCAAGAAUUACAAACACAGCCACCUUUAAUCAACGCCACAUCUCCCAGGAAGCCUGUUUCGGAGCCCUCACAAGUCACGAGCAUCAUCAUAAGAGAGCCUGAGAAAACGGUGUGCUUCAAACCGCCCCGAGGCGUCGAUCCAGAAGUAUUCAAACUGCUCCCUGAACGCAUUCAGAUGGAGGUGAUUUCCAGUUAUCAGCAUGAAGACUCCGCGCGGCUCAAUUACGGAGCCGCUGACACGUCUUCGGCCGACGGCGACCCAGCAGGCCGUUCCACGCUGGCUUUUAAACAGCCGGCACCGAAGACUUCGUCAUCCGCUCAGUCCGAGGAAUCUGAGGAAAAAGUUCAAGAAAGUCAAAUCCUACCGGCCGCUCAGGCACCUCGGUACGAUGUCCCUGCAAACGUGGACGCUUAUGUGUUCUCGCAGCUUCCUUCUGACGUGCAAAGAGAGUUACUGACUGAGUGGAGACAACAGAAGCCGGUCCUAAAAAUCCCAACCAAACACUCGCAUAAAACCUCCAAUACCAAAGACAGGAAGAGUGCGGCUAAAGGCAGCCGGUGUAACAUACUGAAAUACUUCAAACCCAACUGAGGGUGGAAACGGUGCCUGUUUAUAAAAAAACAGAUGAAAAAUGUAAACCAUAUCACUGUAAAUCAGCCUUUCAGUAGUUCACAGAAAAAUGUUGAUUCUGCCAUUCACUCACCUUAAUGUCAAACCUGUGUAUGACUUACUUUCUUGCAUUAAUCACAAAAAGGGAUGAAACAAACUAUUUUAUUCAAUUCGGGUGAGUACAUCACCACCAAAUUUUAAGAUAUGUGUUAUUUUGUUAAUAAACCAUAUAUGUUAUUAAA